AACCCGUUUACUUCCACAGUGCACAUGUCCUACAAAAUCAGGAAAACCGUCGCGAGCAGCCUACACGAACUCGCCCAGAUCCUCGGUCCGGAACUGGCGGCCUCCCACUUAUCCCCCCUCUUCGAGGGUUUCCUGAAGGACGUCGACGAGGUGCGCAUCGCGAUCCUAAAUCACCUGCACGAAUUUUUAAGUCUGAUCGGACCCGAUCAUCGGGUCGUUUUCCUGCCGAAAUUGGCCGAUUUCCUGCGGGUGGAAAACUUGUGCAAUUGGCGCUUUCAGGAGACGUUCGCCGAGCAAUUGACCGAGUGCGUGCCGUUGUUCGCCCCUAAAGAUGUCGUCAAACAUAUCGGGGCCUACGCGCAAUCGUUAUUGUUGCAUAACGUUGCCGCCGUCAGACGGUCUGCUAUUUUAUUGAUCACCAGGAUAGUAAAACACAUAAUAAAGGACGACAUGCUGUUGUCCAACUACAUUCUGAUGAUGUGCCAGCGGUUCGCCUUGUCGAAAAAAUGGCGGGCGCGUCAGUCGUUCGCGAUGUUCUGCGCCGAGGUGCUGGAGCAACGCGUGAUGGAGGUAGAUCGGUUCGUCGCGCUGCUCCUCCAUCAACUCCUCGAUCUCAGCUGGGACCCGGUGGCGAACGUGCGAAUGAUCGUCGGAGAUUGUAUCACGAAACAUCUGGUCGUGAACGGGCGUUUUUCGCGUGUUAUGGUAGCAGUUGGGCCCCAAAAUGACCUUUUUAUUCGACAGCCUGGCUGUCUUUUGCUCCCAAGUAAGUGCCAUCCCCCGAAACCCCUUGUUUCUUAUUGGUACCAAAAUUUUCGGUUUAAGGUGCUCUUUUUUACUGGGGCAUGGAUAUUUUUCAUGAAAAGACUGUUCAAAGACUACGAGGUGAGGCACGUAAUGGUGCAGUUAAUUUUCAGCAUCACCCUCACCCUCUCUUGCACCAUGUUCGAGCUAAUUAUAUUUGAGAUCUUGGGGUUCUUAGACAGCAGUUCUAGAUACUUCUUUUGGUACCUUAUGCUGUACUUACUUCUGUUCGUUGUGAUAGUACUGAACCCUUUUUAUAUAGGUUACUACUGCGUCAGCAAUAUAAGAUACGUGAGGGCCGACUAUGUAAGGCGCCUCACCAUCCUCACAUGGCUGAUUUUCCUCGGGGUGUUCUGGAAAAUUGGCGAUCCUUUCCCUAUAAACCACCCCAACCAAGGGUUUUUCUCAAUUGAAUCACUGGUGUCUCGCAUUGGGGUUAUUGGGGUCACUGUGAUGGCCCUACUGUCAGGGUUCGGUGCAGUAAACUACCCUUAUUCGUCCAUGAAGUAUUUUAUGAGGGAUGUCUCCGAGUCUGACGUCACAAGCAUUGAAAAACGACUGAUCCAGACCAUGGACAUGAUCGUGAUGCGUAAGAAACGUAUCGCGAUCGCCAAAAAACAACGGGCACACCCCAAAGGGGACCCGGCGGGGGGCAAAAAGGGAAUCUGGGACAUUUUAGCAUCUGUAAGGGGGGAUCGCACUAGCGAGAAUAUAAACCAGCUUAAGCUGGAAAUCGACGGUCUGGAAGAAAUGAGCCGCCAACUGUUCCUGGAGGUGCACGAGAACCGAAACAUGCUCGAGCGCAUCGAAUGGUCCAAAACCUGGAAAGGGAUCUACUUUAACUUUCUCGGUUACAUUUUCUCCGGUUAUUGUUUAUGGAAAAUCUUUAUUUGCACGAUCAACAUCGUCUUCGACAGGGUGGGCAAAAAGGAUCCGGUCACCAGAGGGAUCGAGAUCGCCGUGCACUGGAUGGGGUGGGAUUUCGACGUCAAUUUCUGGUCACAGCAAAUUUCCUUUUAUUUGGUCGGCUGCAUCGUGGUUACCUCCAUUAGGGGAUUGUUGUUAACCCUCACUAAGUUUUUCAACCGGAUGUCAUCGAGCAAAAGCUCCAACGUCAUAGUGCUGGUCAUGGCCCAGAUCAUGGGCAUGUACUUCGUCUCUUCGGUGCUGUUGUUACGUAUGAACAUGCCGGUGCAGUACAGGACCAUAAUAACGCAGGUUUUAGGUGCCCUGCAGUUCAAUUUCUACCAUCGGUGGUUCGACGUGAUUUUCUUGGUGAGCGCGUUGGGCAGCAUCGUCACCCUGUAUCUCGCCCAUAAGCCUCCCGUUAGGGACAACAUGAUGUGAUAAAACAUUUUUCUUGUAUCUAAUAAUAGACUGGAGAAGAUCGAACUCCUUUAUGUGUUUCAUGUCUUAAUUGCCAGUGGUAGUUUGAACUCCUAAAUGACAGUUCGCGAAAUGUGAUCAUUUUUUGUAUAACUUUUUUCCACCCUUUUCUAUGAAUGUAUUCAAUUUUAUUUUGGUAGUUUAGGCCUGUAAUUGUAAUAAUUCUUGAUUAAUAAAUUAAGUUAAUGAGUAA